AUGAAUAUCCAUCAAAAUCUCACCUGCCAUCCUGUGUCAAUGGAAAAUCAAAAUCUUGCCGUUGGGGGUAGUGAUUCACGUAUUGGGAACAUGGGUUGUUUGUUUCCUCCCAGUGGAGUGUGUUGGGGACUGAAUUUGAAGAAGAUGGAGCGCAGACAGAAUCAAACUCCCCAAGGCAAAAUAGCUAGGGUUUUGGUUGACUUCUUGGAGGUGGCUAUCACCGCUGUUGUUUUUCUCAAAGGAAUUUAUCCUUCUGGUGCCUUUGAACGGAGAAGGUAUAUGAAUGUGGUGGUCCAAAGAGCUUGUCAUCCUCAGCUUAGAUAUUAUAUACAUGCUACUGUUACUGGGCUUCUACCCUUUGUACAGAAGGGAAUGGUGGAGAGAGUAGCUGUUAUUUUCUUCAAUGCUGACAAUGUUCCAAUGGAGAAAUUUGUAUUCAAGCUUGCAGUGAACCAAGCUUAUGGUUCAGAGGUGGAAGAAGUUGAUCUUGAGUUCUCUCUCAGAUCGUUCCUGAUAAAACUGUCAAAUUCAGAAUCUCUUUGUAAAAUGCUUCCUCCUGAUUGCAGGUGGGAGAUAACUGCUUAUUUUCGAUCCCUACCCGAGACCGGUACAAGCAAAGAAGCAGACUUGUGGAUCCCAACUGACACAAAACAGUGGCAGCAGCCUCCACUUAUCACCCCUGUCAAGUCAAUGAGCAGUGAACCUUUGUGUUUGCAAUUGUACUUGGAGCAUCCAAGUUUAUCAGAAUCUUUGCUUUGA